UCGAUAGUAAUUUCAGGUCUCACGGAUCGGGUCAAAGUUUUUUUGUUUGUACCGAACCGAUGUGGAAACUAACUGAUUUCCACUCAUGAUACAAUGAUGGUUGCUCCCCAAGAUACUGGAACGUAUAGAGCCUCGGCUAGCCUCAUACUGGCUGCUAGAGAGGAUUCCUCCACGAAGUUUGACUACAGCUUACUUUUAAUCAAACGCAGCGAGCGCACUUCUUAUGCUUUGAACCACUGCGUCUUUCCGGGUGGCGUGUUUGACGCUGGGGCGGAUGAGUCUCUAGAUUGGCUGUCGUAUUUUCACUCCUUUGGCGUCACAGAUGAGGAUCUAAAGCGUUUGAGCUGCGACCAGGUCUCCGCCCGACCGGAGUUCCUUUCCUCCGGCCAGAAUUUUUCAAGAGACAUCUCGCUGAGGCUGACUGCUCUAAGGGAAACUUUCGAAGAAGUCGGCCUCCUGCUUUGUGCCAACGAGGAGGACGUUAGGAGUUGGAAUGCCACCACUGGGGAGCCACGGACUUUGCUCCUCCAGCCAGACGAUCGCUCCUAUUGGCAGCAGCGAGUGCAUGACGAUGCCACUCAGUUCCUGGCACUAUGCAGACAUCUGCACGUCCUUCCCAAUCUCUGGUCCCUCCAUGAGUGGUCAGUUUGGAGGACUCCGGCCACUGCAAGCCGCAAAUACGACACGGUAUAUUACAUUACCGCUCUGGUGGCGCAGGCGAAGCUGGUGAGCCUUUUGCUAGAGCCCCAAGAGGUGGCCUCGGCGCACUGGCUGGACCCGGAAGAGGCAUGGACCCAGUCCCAAGGCGGCACUAUAUGGCUGCCGUUCAUGCUGCUCUAUGAUACGGCGCGACUGAUGAACCUGCACCGAUGGGAUGACCUUUUAAGGUUCUCUCGCCAGCGCAGUGUUUUGGGAACCACAUUGAUGCAGCCUGUGUACUACCGCUGCGAUGGAUGUAUGUUUGGAGUGCUUCCAGGCGACGAACUCUACGUGAGCCAGCCAGAAAAGUGCGCCCAAACCAUAAUCCUGCCCUGCACUGUUGUCGAACUGAACCGCAGUGCCAGGCGGUACAAUCGGUACCUCGUCUACGACUUUCACAAGGUUGUGCUGGCCUCAAACGUUCCUCCCUUCGAUGGCCAUCUCCAGCUUCAGUCGCGCGUCAACAUCCAGCUAGCGAAAUUGUAAUAGAAACGGCCGCAUUCAUGGGAGAAUAUAUAUUCUUUUGCUA